AUGGUGCCGUUCACUGCGAAGGCACAGGAGAAGCAGCGCCAGGAGAAGCUACUGCAGGCGCGGGAGGAAAGGGCCGCGGCCGACGCGGCGUACGAGAGCGAGGCCGCCAAAGCCGAGGCCGAGGCGAAGGCCAGAAGAAAGGCCGAGAGGAUAGCUGCCAGGGAGAAGGCCAAGGCCGAGAAGGAGCGCACCCGCACGCAGAAGCGGCGCUGCAAGCGCAGCGAGAAGGUGCUGGAGUGGGAGGCGCUCGGCGCAGAGGAGUGCCUCGCGAAGCGCGCGCGGAAGGGCAAGAUCUCCGCAGAGCAGUUCGCGAAGAAG